GUUUCACUGUGAGGCGCAUCAUUCUGAGGCGCUGAUUGGUGGAGCGUUGAGAUGGGCAGGUCGGAAACGUCAUUUAUUAGGGACUCAGAAGAGAAGAGGGUCUUUUUGACAGUACUCGUCUCUUUACACAGCUUAACAACCUGUUCGAUCAGAGCACAGUCAUCGUGCUUUCUUCAGCUGCUACAUUUAGUCUGUCUCUAUAUCUCAAAAUGGCUGCAUACAAAUUGGUUCUCAUUCGCCAUGGCGAGAGCUGCUGGAACCAGGAGAAUCGCUUCUGCGGCUGGUUCGACGCCGACCUGAGCGAGACAGGGGCUCAGGAGGCAAAGAAAGGCGGUCAAGCUUUAAAAGAUGCAGGGUUUGAGUUUGACAUUUGUUAUACCUCUGUGCUGAAGAGGGCCAUCCGGACGUUAUGGAUCGUUUUGGACAGUAUUGAUCAGAUGUGGCUGCCUGUACACAGGACCUGGCGCCUGAAUGAACGUCAUUAUGGUGGUCUCACUGGGUUAAACAAGGCUGAGACUGCGGCCAAGCAUGGUGAAGCCCAGGUUAAGAUUUGGAGGCGCUCAUUUGACAUCCCCCCACCAACAAUGGAUGCAGAUCAUGACUUUUACAGCAUCAUCAGCAAGGACAGACGUUAUGCUGAUUUGACCGAGGACCAGCUGCCUUCUUGCGAGAGUCUGAAGGACACUAUUGCACGGGCGCUACCUUUCUGGAAUGAGGAGAUUGUGCCACAAAUCAAGGAAGGGAAAAGAGUGUUGAUUGCUGCUCAUGGAAACAGUUUGAGAGGCAUUGUGAAACACUUAGAAGGCAUGUCUGAGGAGGCCAUCAUGGAGCUGAAUCUGCCCACAGGCAUCCCUAUUCUUUAUGAGCUGGACAAGAACCUGAAGCCCAUCAAGCCCAUGCAGUUCCUCGGAGAUGAAGAAACUGUUCGCAAAGCCAUGGAGGCUGUGGCAGCCCAGGGCAAAGCAAAGAAAUAGAGUAUUUACUUUAAACUUUUUAAAUUAUACAUCAGCACUGAAUUACUUUAAACAAGACUCGCAUAUUUAACAUCAAUGAGACAGCUCUAUUGGUUAAGUGUCUAAGAGUUUAAAUAAAUAUAGGACCUAUUACCAUAAUGUCAUUUUAGAAUUUUGCAAUAGUUGUAUUUAUUAGGUAAACAUUUUACAAGGACCACACAUUUUUGUUUGGAUUUAUCUGUGUAAUUCAUUCCAUAAAUUACUGUAUCUCCACUUUAUUUUUUUUUUAGAAUAUGUUUGGUCAAGUGUUCUCAAUGCAGCAAGUACAUUUCUUUUCACAUUAAACCAGUGUUGAGACUGAACCUAAUGACUGUUUCGUCUGUCGGCCUGCUUGGUACAUGUAAACUUAUGCAAGUCAUUGUUUAUUUGAUGGUGGUUUUGCAGCACUGUAUGAACCAAUAAAUGUGAACUUAUAUUGCA